UGCCGGUGCUUGUACGAAAGACUAACAUCGCAUUGAUGGAUUGGUUUAUUAAUAAAUGAACACAUCUGAUAACGCAUGUUUUGUUUUUGUUUUCAUCAAUCUGCUCCUGUUACAGUUUAACUGCGCGCAUGCGCACUUUGUUCGGGAAAAACUGUUGUUGAUGUAGUCGCCUGCUAACACACCUAGCCUGCUAAACAAUUAGCCACAAACAAGCGGAUUUAACAGCCGGCGUUUUCACUUUUACUUAAACUUAAAGUUCAGCCUGUUGACGGUGGUUAGUUGUCGGUUUCAGUCGGUAACAUGAAUUACACCACGAAGGUGGUCCAGGUGACCAACGUGUCACCGAGCACAACGUCGGAGCAGAUGAGGACACUGUUCGGCUUCUUGGGCACCAUCGAAGAGCUGAAGUUAUUCCCACCAGAUGAUUCUCCGAUGCCGGUGACAUCGCGGGUGUGCUUUGUGAAGUUCCAGGAGCCCGAGUCUGUCGGAGUGUCUCAGCAUCUGACUAACACCGUCUUCGUGGACCGAGCGUUGAUCGUGGUACCGUUUGCUGAAGGAUCUAUUCCAGAUGAGGCUAAAGCUUUGUCGCUGUUGGCGCCGGCAAACGCUGUUGCAGGAAUUCUGCCAGGAGGAGGACUUCUUCCAACGCCCAAUCCCAUCCCCAAUCCACAUAUGGGAGGGAACCUGUUCUGUACUCCAAACAUGGAUGCGAUGGCUGCAUUUGGAUUCCCGGGACCCAAUAUGAACCCCCAGGCUGCAGAUCAGCUGUUGAAGUUCAUGACAGAUCCAAAACUGAAUCCUUUGGCUGCAGGCUUAAACCUGAAUGCGAGCCUCAAGGCUGACGCAUCAAAUAAAGAAAUCGAAGAGGCCAUGAAGAGAGUCAGAGAGGCGCAGUCGCUCAUUUCUGCUGCUAUUGAACCUGGAAAUAAGGAGAGCAAAAAGAAGCGCCCUCAGUCUCGGACUAGAUCCAGGUCUAGAAGGAGGAGGUCCAGAUCACGCUCAAGACACAGGAGAACCAGGAGCAAAUCACGGCGACGGUCAAACUCCAGAAACAGGAAGCGCUCCAAAAGCCCGCGCAGGAAACGCACACACUCCAGAGACCGAGGCAGACGAUCUCAAAGCAGAUCCAGAGACAGAAAGAAAGAUGAUUUAGGGAGAAGAAAAUCCAAAACGCCACCGAAAAGUUACAGCACAGCCAGGAGGUCACGAAGCACGAGCCGGAGACGUAGGAAAAGUCGAAGCGUCAGCCGAUCCCCUAAAAAGUCUCCUAAGAGGAGAAAUUCCAGAUCUCCGUCUCCUCGAAGACACAAGAAGGAAAAGAAGAAGGAUAAGGAAAGGGACAGGGACCACAAGGGUGAUAAAGAGCGUGGUCGCGAGGAACGUGAACUCUCCGGCAGCAAAAAAAAGAAAAUCAAAGACAAAGAACGAGAGCGAGAGAGAAAAUCAGACGGAGAGAAAGGAGAUGUCAAGGUCACCAGAGAUUAUGAUGAAGAAGAACAAGGCUACGACAGCGGGAAGGAGCAGGACAGGAAGUAUUCUGACGACUCUGCUUUGUCUCCUCAAUCUGUAGAAGGUAACGGCACAGUGCAGCCUGUGAAGGCCAAAAUUAACGGAGCUGACGAUCACCAUGAAGAGGACAUGGACGUCAGUGAUUAAAUGAUCCAUCCGGGCUUUGUCCCUCAUUAAACAUUUGACUCUUUAUUUUUUUUUUCUCCCCUCACUGGGGUAAAUCUAGAAAUGUGAAGUGAGUGUGAAAUGUAUUGCCCAAAGACGUCACAUUGCUUUAAGCUUUUUGGCUUGACAAACUUGUUUGGUUCAAAGCUGGAAAGAGGCUUUGCUUUGCUUUUCUUGAUCUUAUGUUGUCUGGUUUUGUCACUUCAUUUACUGAAUCUUUAUAUUUCUGUUCAGUGUUGUGCUGUGUUGCUCAGGCCUCUUCCUCACAUUCUCAAAAUGUGUUUGCUCCUUGUUAUUUGGAAGAGUUUUAAUGAGAAUGUCUUUUAUAAUAAAGCCAAUUUGGAGAAGCAAGACA